AUUUGGGAAGUCCUCAUUAACAUUUAGCUUGAGAGAUGCAAUUCACCAAGGACUUCCUCAACUUUUACACACAGAACCUGCUGAAACAGUUACAGAAGUGAUCAAACCAACCCCUAACUGUGAGAAAGGACACUUUUGAUUGGCUGGAAGAGUUGCACACCCCCGUCUCUUCCCCUAUCUCAGUUCUAGAGUCUACUUUUUAACAGUUGGCUCCACGCUCACCUAUUUCACUUGAGGCAUUAGGUCCCAGUCCCACACCUGGCAGUAAAAUGUCUGACAAAGGAGCCUUCGAUACCAACGUGCUGACCCUCACCAGGUUUGUUCUGGAGGAGGGCAGGAAGGCCCAAGGGACAGGUGAGCUGACGACCUUGCUCAACUCCAUCUGCACAGCUGUCAAAGCCAUUUCAACUGCUGUCAGGAAAGCUGGGAUCGCUAACCUAUAUGGCAUUGCCGGAAGCACCAACGUGACCGGGGACCAGGUGAAGAAACUGGACGUCCUGUCUAAUGACCUGGUCAUCAACAUGAUCAAGUCCUCCUUCACCUCCUGUGUGCUGGUGUCAGAGGAAGAUGAGAGGGCCAUCAUUGUGGAACCAGACAAGCGGGGAAAAUACAUUGUGUGCUUUGAUCCGCUGGAUGGUUCCUCAAACAUCGACUGUCUUGUCUCGAUUGGAACAAUUUUCGCCAUCUACAAAAAGACUACAGAUGGUGAGCCAUGUGAGAAGGAUGCUCUGCAGCCUGGAAGAAACCUUGUGGCAGCUGGUUAUGCUCUGUAUGGCAGUGCCACCAUGAUGGUCCUGUCCACUGGUCAGGGAGUCAACUGCUUCAUGCUUGACCCCUCAAUUGGUGAGUUCAUCUUGGUGGAUCGAGAUGUGAAGAUUAAGAAAAAGGGAAAGAUCUACAGUUUGAAUGAGGGAUAUGCGCAGCAUUUUUAUCCAGAUGUGUCAGAGUACCUACAAAAGAAGAAAUUCCCUGAGGAUGGUUCUGCUCCAUAUGGCAGUCGAUAUGUUGGUUCAAUGGUCGCUGAUGUUCAUCGUACUUUGGUGUACGGAGGGAUCUUUUUAUAUCCUGCUAAUGUCAAGAGUCCGAAGGGCAAGCUGAGGCUUUUGUAUGAAUGCAACCCCAUGGCCUACAUCAUGGAGCAGGCAGGAGGCAUGGCCACCACAGGAUCCAUGAAUGUUCUUGACAUUCAGCCCACCAACAUCCACGAGCGAGUUCCCAUUGUCCUGGGAUCCCCUGACGACGUGAUGGAGUAUCUUUCCAUCUGUAAGAAGCAUAAGAAAUGAGUCUCGUUGCAGGACUAACCGCACAAUCAAGAGGCUCAAUCGGGACAUCCAUUGUUAAAUGCUUUCUACUCAUUUCCUCAACUGCACUGAUGACGGAACCGGGAACCUCACUGGGCCCCUCACUGGGCCUCACACUAUGCUAGUUCCAUCUUGCUGCUGUAAGUGUUAUUUGUAGAGACUGUCCCCGUAUUUUUUUUUUUAUUUAAAUAAAGGCAAAUGAAUGAACCAA